UUCCAUUGUGUAGGAUUACAGGCUUGUGCCACCAUACCCAGCUUCUUUUUUUUUAAUGAUGAAAUGUUGUAUUUUUCUUUCAUACCCAGGUUCUUAAAUCUGAUUCCAUGUUAGAAUUACAGCGGAAGGAUCCCUCUUUCCCUCUUAUUAAAAUAUCAAAGCACAUUUCUAACAAUUUCCUGUUUAAUUGUUUUGGGAUAGAGCCUAAUCGCUGAUACAUUUUUUAAUCUUUCCAGAUAAUCCUGAUAUACUCCCAGAGUUCAGUAUCACUAGUCUCUAUUGUUUGUUAGGGCUUGCAAAGUGAUUAUGUUCUAUUAUUUCUUCUGCAUCUUAUUAGCCUUUAAAUUCUAAUGUUUACAUUCUGCUUAUUCUCACCUCUUGCAAACUGCAAUCUACUAGGAAACCCUCUGCAAAUUAAGCUGCUUAAUUGUCAGAGGAAGACUUGAUCUUGGAGCUGAAAAUGUGGAAUAAUAUAUUGAAGGGACACUAGCGAUAACCUCACGUCUUUGGAUUGGGUUAAGGGUAGAAGAUGUCUAUGGAUGUGACAUUUCUUGGGACGGGUGCAGCAUAUCCAUCCCCAACCCGGGGUGCUUCUGCCCUGGUCCUUCGGUGUGAGGGUGAGUGCUGGCUCUUUGACUGUGGCGAAGGAACACAGACACAGCUUAUGAAAAGCCAGCUUAAAGCAGGGAGAAUUACCAAGAUCUUCAUCACACAUCUUCAUGGAGACCAUUUCUUUGGCCUUCCUGGCCUCCUAUGCACAAUCAGCCUGCAGAGUGGCUCUGUUGUCACCAAACAGCCUAUUGAAAUCUAUGGCCCUGUAGGACUUCGGGACUUUAUCUGGCGAACCAUGGAGCUCUCUCAUACAGAGUUGGUCUUUCCUUAUGUGGUCCACGAGUUGGUGCCUACAGCAGAUCAGUGUCCCACAGAAGAGCUAAAAGAGUUUUCACAUGUGGAUAAAGCAGACAGCACUCCUAAAGAGGGACAAGGAAGAACUAUCCUGUUAGACUCAGAAGAGAAUUCAUACCUUCUGGUUGAUGAUGAACAGUUUGUUGUAAAAGCAUUUCGCCUCUUUCACCGAAUUCCCUCCUUUGGGUUUUCAGUUGUGGAAAAGAAACGCCCAGGUAAACUCAAUGCACAGAAGCUAAAAGAUCUUGGUGUUCCGCCAGGUCCUGCCUAUGGAAAGCUGAAAAAUGGAAUUUCUGUUGUUCUGGAAAAUGGGAUUACAAUUUCUCCCCAGGAUGUCUUAAAAAAGCCUAUUGUUGGAAGAAAAAUCUGCAUAUUGGGUGAUUGCUCUGGAGUUGUGGGUGACGGAGGAAUGAAGCUGUGCUUUGAUGCGGACCUGUUGAUCCAUGAGGCGACCUUGGACGAUGCCCAGAUGGAUAAAGCAAAGGAGCAUGGCCACAGCACACCACAGAUGGCAGCAACAUUUGCAAAGUUGUGCCAUGCAAAGAGGCUGGUUCUGACUCACUUCAGUCAGAGGUACAAACCAGUUGCCUUGGCCAGGGAAGGAGAAGCAGAUGGCAUUGCAGAUCUGAAAAAGCAAGCAGAAUCAGUGUUAGAUCUCCAAGAAGUGACUCUAGCAGAAGAUUUUAUGGUGAUUGGCAUUCCAAUCAAGAAAUGAAACCAGUGUUCCUGAGUAUAUAUUGACGUGUCUAUGAAUAUGUUGCCAAACCUACAGUCCAGAUUUUUGUGUUCUGUUUUUUGUUUGAAAUUAUUUUGGCCCUAAUAAUCCUGGAAGGAUUGGAGCUGCAUUGCUGAACUGACUCCACAGUAAGAAAGAGCAAACUUUUUGAUAAUGAAUCUUUGGUUUUUUUUGGUACUGGGGAUCAAACUCAGGACCUUGCAUUUGAUAAUCUUUUUUUGUUUUUUUUGGUACCAGCGAUCGAACUUGGGACCACGCGCCUGCAAGACAGGUAGCAGAACCACUGAGCUAAAUCCCUGGCCCGAUAAAUCAUUUUUAAAAAUGAAAAACACCCAGCAUCCUUCUUGAAGUGCAAAUUUGAAAAAUGAUAGAUUUUUCAAAUAUACUUCUCAUUUUGUGGCUACUACCACAGAUGCAAGCCAAUAUUCCACGCAAUCUUGGGCCUAGUUUUGCCCAUCUUUAUUGCUGUUAUUGGCAAAGUGCACAGGACUUAGUCUCUUGGCUAAAAAUGGUUUUUUGGCAUUUGCAUUGAAUCUAUUCAUGUUACUCACAGAAUACAGAGAGAUGUAUAUGCGGUAUCAACAAUAGCAUGAUAAUGGCUUUGUUAGAAUAUUGAACGCACGAUUGGGCUGGGAGUUUGUCGUAGUAUUUUAUUGAACUUUCUGAUUUGCACUUAACCUAUGUUUCUUAACUGGGUGCUCCCCUAGGAAUUAAGAAAUUGUGGGGAUGCAUUCUCGUCAUAGGACUGAGGGGUGGUGGUGGUAGUACUGGUAUUUAGUCAGCAGGGGUCAGGGAUGCCAGAUGUCCUACAAAGUUUGGGUUAGUCCCAUACAAUAAAGAAUUCUCUCACUCCACCUGGGCAUGGUGUUGCAUACCUGCAGUCCCAACUACUCAAAGAGGCUGAGGUAGAAGGAUUGAAGCCAGCCUAUAUAAUGUAGUGAGUCCCUGUCUCAAAUGUCAAAUAAGAAGGCAACAGGGAUGUAUGUCACUGGUAGAACUCUUGCCUAGCAUGCAUGAGACCCUGGGUUCAAUCCCUAGUACCACCAAAAAGAAAAAAUCUUACCCCAAAAUGCAAAUUUCAGGCCUUAUGAGAUCAACAACAAGCUAAAACUUAUACUCCCAAAGUGAAUAUGCUUUACCACACCUAGUGAUGUAGUGGGUUGAAUUACUGUGUAAGUCAGAUUCUACAAAAGAUCCUAAUAUGCUGGAGUUGAAAUUCCAUAUCAAAUAUUAUUUGAAGAAAAUGACUCAUUAAGCUAAGCUUAUGAAUCUAGAGGUAAAAAUGGCAUCUAUUAAACCAAGGUUUAAUUUACAUGUCCCCAUUAAUAAUUCUUUGAGCACAAUUUUAAAAUAUAUUCUGCCAGGCAUGUUGGCACAGCCCUUUAAUCCCAGCACUGGGGAGGCUGAGGUAGGAGGACCACUUGCUCUGGGCAAUUUAGUAAUUUAGUGAGCCUGUCUCAGAAUAAAAAAGAGCUGGGGAUGUAGCUCAGUGGUAAGGUCCUACAUUCCAAAGGGUAGGGAGAGAGGAAGAAGAGAGGGGAGAGAGGGCGGGGUGGUGGUGGUGUGGUUCUAGAGUAGCUUUUCCUUCAGAGCUAACUUGCAUCUCCUUUCUGGCUGCCAUGGGUUUGCUGACUCACUUGCUUCACAGUAUUUCUCAAAAUACAUUCUAUGGAAAAUAAAUGAAGACUGGUGGAUUCACUCAGAAGGGCUCCCUAAUCAAGUCAGUUUGGGAAACACUUUAUAUAUACUAUGUGGUCUUCUGGGCUAAUGCCCAUCAACAUAUUACACAAAGUAUUGUUUGGAAUGAUCAUAAACCCAGUUUUGUACCAGAAAGCCUUGCUUUUAGAGUCCCACCUUAUAGUGGCACCUGUGUGGUCUGGAGCAGGUGCUUAGUCUCUCAUAGCUUCUUCAACUUGCUUAUCUCCAAAAUGGAAAAAAGAACAAAACCUAAUUCAUAGGCUGUUGUGAAAAAUAUACAAGGUAAUGCAUAUAAGGAAUGCAGCACAUUGCCAAAGGCCCGUGCAGCAUAUUGUGAAAAGUCCCGCAGUACAGAGACCGGUCAACUCUACAGAACCCCUUUCUGUAUGUUAAUAUCACAAAAACCUAGGGAAUUUUGCAGUACACACAUUUAGAAACAUUGUCAAGCUGUGUACUCUUACAUUCCUUUGGGUUCUAAGGUUUCUUUGCUCAAAGGUUUUGAUUCCUGGCUGGUUGUAGAGUCUGCAUUGUAGUAGUGAUGACCAAGAUACCUCUGUUUACUUGAGUUCUCAGGCAUCCCAGAAUGGUCAGAUUCUGACUCUAGUCUCUUUUCCUCUAAAUUGCUCAAAUUUGACCAAACCUAAAAAUGUAUCUUGGUUUCCAAACUCAAUUUAAAUGAGCAUUAAUUAGAAAUCUACUAUAUUCGUAAAAUGUAUAAGACAGAAUAGUUAGGCUAGUAGCUCUACUGCUUAGAGCUCUUAAGGGAAGAGACUAUGUCUUGGUCCCUCUACAUUCUUAGAAAUGCCCAUGUAUAGCAAGCACUCAGAAAUUAUUUUUGAGUGAGAUGAAGUCUUGAUAUUAUGAUUGUGCACAUUAUAAGAAAACUUAUAUGGCUAAUUAAUUUCAUUACUUAUAAAAAAAAUUUUAAUUACCUGGUUGGCAGUGUCCCCUUACUGAGUACCACAUAAGUGACAGAAUUUAUUGUGUUGGAUACCCAACAUACAUAAUGAAUAUUCACAUAAAUGGAUAGACAAGAGAUAUGUUUUUAUGAGCUAACAAUCUAGUGGUAGAAAUAGAUAAGUAAAACUUCCUUUAGGUGUUUUAAGCUUGUAGCCUGACACUCAGUUUUGCUGCUCUUGAACAUUAUUUGGUAGCUGACUUGAGCUAUGAUAAGCCCUCAAAGACAAUGGAAAAGAACUGAGAUGUGAGGUCAAGUGUAGUAUUCAGUCCGUGAUGAGAAUUCUUUCUAGACCCUCUUCUGGCCUAGAUUUUUUUUUUUUUUUCAGUACUGGGGAUAGAACUCAGGACCUUGUGCUUGCAAUGCAGGCACGGUGCCAAUAAGCUAAAUCCCCUGCUAGAAUUUAUUUAUUUAUUUUUUUGAUACCAGGGAUCGAACUCGGGUCCUUGCACUUGCAAGGCAGGUGGUGGAACCACUGAGCUAAAUCCCCGGCUAGAAUUUGUUUUUAAUGACAGGAGAAUUCUAAUACACCGAGGAGCUAGGAUUAAGAAGAAAGCUUAAAACUCCUCAGAACCUAUAAUCUACUUAUGAUUGUAUGACCUUAAAGGGGAGAGGGUAGUAUAUGUAUACUCUGUUCCAAGCUUAUUUGAUCACUGAAGCCUAUUUUUGCCAAGAAACAUCUUGGAGGCCACGGAUUUAGCUCAGUGGUUUCACCGCCUGCCUUGCAGGUGCAAGGACCCGAGUUUGAUCCCCGGUACCAAAAAAAAAAAAUCUUGGAACAUUGAGAAAUGCUAUUCCUUUUACUUCUAAAAUUAUUAUACUUUAGGGGCGAGGGAUUUAGCUCUGUGGCUCUAUGUGCCUGCCUCGCAAACAAGAUCCUGAGUUCAACCCCUGGUACUGGGGAAAAAAUUAUUAUAUUUUACUCGAACAGUUUAUUGAGGUAACGAUUUCCAUAUUUGAACUUAGUGUAGCACUUUGGCCUAAACAAUUUUCAGGAAUUCAUAGAUAACUUUACUUUUUAGAUUUUAAAAAUAAACACUUUCCUGUUCUCAAAAGUUGUUCUGACUUGCCCAGAUAGACCACUCAUCCCUCAUUAAUGUAGUAUUAAUAAAUUUUGAAUCAAACUCUGUUAGGAGUCAGGGAUGUAUAAGUGAUAGAGCCUUGAGCUCUGUUUCCAGUGUCUCCCAGGAUAGAACUUGAGAAUUUGCAUUUUAAUUCUCCCGCCAGCGAUUCUGAAAUGUAUGGGUGAUAGACCAGCCCAGAGGAAAUAAAGCUUGAACUUUUUUUGUGAACUUAAAUUGGCAUGUGUAUAGGUAUUUUGUAUAUGCUUACGUAUGUUUGUAUCUGUAUAUAUAUUAUACACAUGUACACAUGCUUAUUUUUAUUUAUUUAUUUUAUCACAUGAUUAUUUUUACAUUAGAAUGACCUCCCUCAACUUUUUUUCUCAUGAGCAUUUUCCCACAGCAUUAAAUAUCCUCUGAAAUGAUGAACUUCAUGAUUUUCUAUCAUUGCAUUCUAUAGAUAUGAUAUCAUUUGACAAUUUUUCUAUCUGGAACAUUUAGAUUGUUUUCCGUUAUACAUAAUUCUACAUGAGUAUUCUCAUACUAAAUAUCUCUGAGUUAUAUCCUUCCUUGGAAUUGAUUCAUCUGAGGGUCAAAAUAUCUGACUUAUGUUUUUAGGCUCAAGGUAGGAAUCAGCCGCUUGUUUUCAUGCUUGUUCAUACUCUAUGUAGGAGUGGCCUGUUUCGUGACUCUUAUGUAUAAAUGGUAUGGACAGUCAUUGAUUUAUAACCUUUCUAGCAGUUCUUCCCUAAGACAUUAGUCUUACAAUAAAAAUUAUUUUUGGCUUCUAGUACAAAUAACUUUAUUAUGUCUUUCAACUAGGACAUACAAUGCAACUGUGAUUUUGUUGAAUGUUCUUGUGCCAACUUAAAAUUUGGGUAGUUUUUACUUUAUUAAAGGGAUAAAAAUCUUUACUGCUUCAAAUAUGUCCAUGACAAAUGCACAUGAAAGUAUUUUUAUCCUCACAGAGGUAUAUAUUUACAGUAAAAUAUAUUGUAUCUGUUCUUACAAAUUCAUGCUUUUUUUCUGGUAAUGAAUAUCAGUAUUUUUCUUAUAUGGGAAUACUGAAAAGGAAGUGUUGGUCAUGGAUUUGAAUGUUCCUUCUUAGCAGAGUAAGAACAGAGUUAGGGGAGGUCGUGGAAUAAUAGUGUGAAAAUUUUUUCUUCCCUAGUAGGAAAUAACAGUGUACAAAACUGAAAAGCAAAUAGCACUUUAAAUGAAUAUUUUAAAAAGCAAAGGGAAGGGCUGGGAAUGUAGCACAGCAGUAGACCCUGCCCCUCCAAAAAAAAACAAGAAGGGGGAGGAAAUACUAGGUGAAUAGUUAGGAGUGGAAGAAGGGGUCCUUAGAAGGAGCAAAGGGAUUGGGGAGGGAUGGUUGGGAUACUACUGGGUUGUUUUGUUUUGGAGGGCUGCCAUUUUUUUUUAUAAACCUUAUACUGUAAUACUGUUUGCUGCUUUGAAUGAUUUGUAUGUGUAUAUUCAUUUACUAUAAAAAUUAAAACACACAGAUAAGCUGCUCUGAAUAAUCAUAUCAGUAAUCACUGCUUGUUUCCACAUGGGCUUUCCAGUUAGUUGACAGUUCCUUUUCAAGUCUUUGUAACAUUCCAUUCCAUUCUCUAUACUGCAGCCAGAGUGAUUUUUUUCCCAAAUGUAAAUUGGAGCUGUCUUGCAUUCCCCAGCUUGAAACUGUUCAAUGCUUUUGCCUUACCUACCUUUUCAACCUACUCUUAACCAUCAGUGCUACCUAGGUUUGCAGCCCCAGCCAUGUGGGCCUUCUUUCAGUCCUUUGUCAGGGAUUUCCAUUAUUACAAAGCCUCCGCACAGCCUGCUCCCUCAGCCUGGCGUGCUCUUUUGCUUCUUUCCAGGUUCACCAACCCUGGACCUUCAGAUCACAGGUCUGUUGUCAUAACCUCAUGGAUAGCUUGCCUGGCCCCCUACUAGGUAGCAUAUUACGCUCACAGCACUUGCACUGCACUUUCCUGGUGCUUGUCACUCAUAGCUUCAUUUUACUUUUGUAUUUGACUGUUGUUUCUUUUUGCCAAUAGCUCUAUAAGCUACACAAAGGCAUAACUAUGUCUGAUUUUGUUUCCCUUUGUGCCUAGCUCUGUGCCUGGAAUAUAGCAGACAAUAAAUAGCAUCACCUGGCUCAAA